ACCAGGCGCCCGCCCCUCCUCCUCGUCCCUCGCUGCCGGCCGCGAAGCCCCGAGCCGGCGGGAGCCGUGUGCUCACCAUGUCGGUCGCGCUCAGCAACAGGUUCCAAGGAGGGAAAGCCUUCGGUUUGCUCAAAGCCCGGCAGGAGAGGAGGCUGGCCGAGAUCAACCGGGAGUUCCUCUGCGACCAAAAGUUCAGUGAUGAAGAGAACCUGCCGGAAAAGCUCGCAGCCUUUAAAGAGAAGUACAUGGAGUUUGACCUGAACAAUGAGGGCGAGAUUGAUCUAAUGUCUUUGAAGAGGAUGAUGGAGAAGCUUGGGGUCCCCAAGACCCACUUGGAGAUGAAGAAGAUGAUCUCGGAGGUGACAGGCGGGGUCAGCGACACCAUCUCCUACCGAGACUUCGUGAACAUGAUGCUGGGGAAACGCUCGGCGGUCCUUAAGCUAGUCAUGAUGUUCGAAGGAAAAGCCAAUGAGGGCAGCCCCAAGCCAGCCGGGCCCCCUCCAGAGAGAGACAUCGCCAGCCUGCCCUGAGGACCCCUGCCUGGAUCUGCCUCGCCCUCCCCACUCUCUUCCUCCCUCCUGACCUCACCCUUCGUGACUCACUGUGACCUCUUAUUCGUUUUGUUUGGUCGUCGUGUGUUUGUUUUUUCUUCAGCAGAAUCAGUGAUCUCUUUGUAUAGCACAAAUGAUCUGCCUUAAAGGGGCCCUGGGUUGGGGAGUCCAGAUCGCCUCCCUCUCUUUUUCCUUGCGUCUCCCCUCCCUGUGGAGAAGGGCUGACAUUAAACCAAAAACCAGACAGAACAGGGCCAGGACAGGGAGACCAGAGCCUGUGAUUCCCACACGUGAAGCUGGCACUCUUUGUCCUUCCAGGUCUUUGAGCUGAGUCCUGGCAUCCUGGCCUGGCCCUGGUGAAGACCUCAGCCCACUUUUAGAAGACCCUGGAGUUGGGAUAAGGCUGUAAGGUCUCGUUAGGGUUUCCUCAGACAGGGAUCUUGGGUGUGCUAGGAUGUGGCCACGCAGGGUCCCACCUCCCCGGCUGGUCUCCCGCCGUCCACGCCUUGUCUUAUUCUCAGUGAGGUGACAGAAGGAGACAAGGAGAGGGGCUUGGCAACGUGAGCCCUUCCAGAAGUUUCCAGAGGAAUCCUCUAAUCUUGCCCCUGGCCACACCUUUACAGGCAGCUCAGAAGGAGGCUGCAGCACCCCCUGAUGCUUGCUGGGGCUUCAGAGGUGGAGGGGAUCCUGGGGCCUUGGGGAGGGGUUCAGCUCAGUCUAGUCCCACCUUUCAGGGAGGAUGUUGAGGGCGAUAGGGUAGGCGGGCGAGGACUUCAGUGCUCAUGGCAAAGAGAGGCAGCACACCACUGUUAAGCCAGGACCUGAGAAAUAGGUUGCCUGAUCUGCUUGAAACCUGACUCUGCUUCCUCAUUUGCCUUCACACCUUCCGUACACCAUUCAUUCAUUCGUUCUUCAUUCAUUCACUCAGCCACUCAACAGAUAUUUAUUGACAACCUAUUACAAGCUUUAAGCCUCCACCCCCACCCCACUUUGUCCUGACAUGUGCUGUGCCCACUGUCUCUCUGGUUCAUCUCUCUGUUUCCAAAUCACUCAAAACCUUGAGCCUGGGAAUUGGAUCAGGGUCACCUGUGUUUUUUAUUACGGACUAGAGUUUUAGAGCCCUGAGCCACCCUGUGGGUUAGCUGGGGCAGGCCUCUCAGUUCACAGGUGACAAAACUGUGGUGACCCACAGGGAUUAAGUGCCUUGUCCAAGGUCAGGGGUUUAUCUGGAGAUGGGGGAUCUGGACUGGGGCCUGGGUGUUCAGAUACCCUCUGCCCCUGCCUCAUCUCUGCUCUGGGUCAGUGAUGAAAACAAGGGAAGGGACAGGGAGGGGCAGUCUCCUAGGUCAACCCUCGGGGAGGGCCCUGGGCCAGGAUUCACCCUUCCUAGUGCCUCUGAGGCAGGAUCAGCAGGGCCCUCAGCCUUGACCCCACCUGUAUUCUGUAGUCCCUUCCCCUGCCCACUCAGGACUUAGAUGCACUCAUCCAUUGCACAUGUUUAUAAGCACCUGUUACCGGCCAGUACUGAAAAGGACAGACUUAGAGUCUAGUGGGGAAUUCAGACCCUGGUGAUGAAUGUUGGGAAAGAGGAAGCUAUGAGGUGACUGCAUUGCAAUCCUAAGGGCCUAACUGGGCCCAAGACUGGGCAAGAGUCCUGCAGAAGACUUUGAAAAACUUCAAGUGGGAAGGUCUGGGGGCUGUUGGAGGCUGGAGCCAGUGUGAGCUCCCCAUGGCUCCUUUGACCCAUAAUCAAGGACCCAAGGAGCUGACUUGACGACAGUUUUUGAGGAAGUGGAGCAGGUAGGGGGUGGGGAAAUGGCCAGGUUGGAUUAAUCCACUGGUCUUGACCAGUUCAGGAACAAGAUUAUUCGGCCAUGACUGGGUGAUCUUCAGUCUAAGGAGGUACUUUAAAUGCAUGAGCCUAGUUGAAGUUUAAACCCCAGCAAAACAUUCCUCCCUGUAAAUGCAAACUCUCACCCCCCACCCCCCACAUCUCCUCCCCUGCUCCCACCCCCGAGAUCCUUAGCUGAGCAAGUGUCUAUCUCCUCCCCUUCCCACUGCCUCUCCUUUCUGGGACAGGCUGAGACGUUUGAGCAAGGAAAUGCCUUCCUUGACCAUUCAUCAUAGUGUAUCUGUACCUCACUCAGACAGGAGGGCAGACCCAUCUAGGCUUAGUGCAGUGGUUACACACUUUACAAGAUUGCAGGAAGCCUCUUUAAGGGAGGAGAGCAAGUGGGUGUGUUUUCAGCUUUUCGAAAGAGCAGGAAAGGGUUCUCUCAUUGGAUGGGGAGUGUCCUGGGAAACCCCACCAGUUCCUUCAUCAUUUCUUGGAAUGCAGCUCCUGAAGGGAGAGAGUCUCAAGAGUGGUUCCUGGAAAGGGAGGUCUGCAUGUAUUUCAGACUGUGGUUAUUAGCUAUAGGACUCUUACUUCUUUGGCUAAGGGCUCAGCUUCUUAGAUGUCAGCUGCCUUCUUUCUGAAAGACCAAAUCUAACUAAUGUAACCAGCAACUUGGGGACUGCCAAGUAUGGCUUUGUCCCUGCCAUUCAAAAGGAAGGAGUGUGUCGGGCAAGUUCAGGUGGAUGCAGUAUGUGUGUGUGUGUGUGUGUGUGUGUGUGUGAGUGUGUGUGAUACUGGAUAUCAUCUCUACAGACUGGAAAUAAAACAUACAAACUUA